GGGAGAAGCAGAGGAAGAUGCCUUUCGGGGGGUUUGCAGGGCUGAAGGAGCAGAUUCUGAAACCAGGGAAGGAGGAGGUGAAGAAUAUGGUAGGAGACGGCCUGGGGAACCUGCAGAGGAAAAUCGAUGGCACCAAUGCGGACGAGGAGGACCAGAUGGAGCUGACAGAGGACGCGGAACAGGUGACCCCUCGUCACAGUGCCCCUCUGUUUGAUUGCGGGUGCUGCGGCCUGCCCAAGCGCUACAUCAUCGCCAUGCUCAGUGGACUGGGUUUCUGCAUCUCCUUUGGCAUCCGCUGCAACCUGGGGGUGGCCAUCGUGGAGAUGGUCAACAACAACACGGUCUACAUCAAUGGGACACCUGUACUCCAGCCAGCUCAAUUCAACUGGGACCCAGAGACUGUGGGACUGAUCCAUGGCUCCUUCUUCUGGGGUUACAUCGUCACACAGAUCCCUGGAGGCUUCAUCUCCAACAAGCUGGCCGCCAACAGAGUGUUUGGGGCGGCCAUUUUCCUCACGUCCAUACUGAAUAUGUUCAUCCCGUCAGCAGCCAGGAGGCACUACGGCUGUGUCAUGUUAGUCCGCAUCCUACAAGGCUUGGUGGAGGGUGUUACCUACCCAGCAUGCCAUGGGAUGUGGGCCAAAUGGGCUCCUCCCCUAGAGAGAAGUCGUCUGGCCACCACCUCAUUCUGUGGUUCAUAUGCAGGUGCUGUGAUUGCCAUGCCUUUAGCAGGAGUACUGGUUCAGUUCGUUGGAUGGCCCUCAGUCUUCUAUAUCUAUGGUGUAUUUGGGAUCAUAUGGUACAUCUUCUGGCUCCUGCUUGCCUAUGGGAGCCCAGCCGCCCACCCCACUAUAAGCGAUGAGGAGAGGAUCUACAUAGAGACCACCAUUGGCGAGGGGGUCAAAAUAUUGAGCGCCACUGAGAAAUUCAAGACUCCAUGGCGCCGUUUCUUCACCUCCAUGCCUGUCUAUGCCAUCAUCGUGGCUAACUUCUGCCGAAGCUGGACCUUCUAUCUGCUCCUGAUCAGCCAGCCGGCCUAUUUCGAGGAGGUGUUCGGCUUCUCUAUCGGCAAGGUGGGGCUCCUGUCUGCUGUUCCUCACAUGGUGAUGACCAUCGUAGUUCCAAUCGGUGGCCAGCUGGCCGACUUCCUACGCAGUCGUAAAAUCAUGUCAACUACAAACGUCCGGAAAAUCAUGAACUGCGGAGGUUUUGGCAUGGAGGCCACACUGCUGCUGGUGGUGGGUUUCAGUCACACACGUGGUGUUGCCAUCUCCUUCCUGGUGUUGGCUGUGGGCUUCAGUGGCUUUGCCAUCUCAGGGUUCAACGUAAACCACUUGGACAUUGCCCCUCGCUAUGCCAGUAUCCUAAUGGGCAUCUCCAAUGGCGUUGGCACACUGUCUGGAAUGGUGUGCCCCCUUAUCGUUGGAGCACUGACUAAACACAAGACCCGUCUGGAGUGGCAAAAUGUGUUUGUGAUUGCCGCCAUGGUGCACUACACGGGGGUCAUCUUCUAUGCUAUCUUUGCCUCGGGCGACAAGCAGGACUGGGCCGACCCGGAGAGCACCAGCGACGAUAAGAUCGGCAUCAUCAACGAAGACGAGCUGGCCGAAGAGACGGAGCUCAACAGCGAGAUUGCCAUGGCACCCAAGAAGAGCUAUGGAACCACAGAGAACCCUUCGGGCUGGAAGAAGAAGAGAGGAGUCACCAUGCAGCAGGAUGAGGAUGAUGGGAACUCCCACCAUGGUAAUGGGAACUACCAGGAGCAGUAUCAGUGAUGUUCCCUAAGUAUCAGGGGCAUUGGCUGUCCUUGCUCUUCACCUUUUUCCUGAAGCGUGCACUUGCACACUUUCUCACAUGGUUUCAACAAUGGUGAAAACUCCCUCCAGCCAAUCCUUUCACCAAUCCUAUGCUUUAAUAUCCAUGUGGCGUGUGCAAAUGCCCACUUCUGGAAAAGGGUAGAGAACCGAGACACAAAAUUAUCUCUAAUGACCCCCUUCCUAUUCGAUAUAUAGUGCACUACUACUACAGGGAAUAGGGUGUCACUUGAGAAGCACUGCAGGACUUCCCCUUCACGUCAACAUCAAGUGAACGAAGGGUAUAGUGACAUACUUGUUCAAAAAUAAUUGACUCUUGGAAAGGGGGUCAUUUGAGAGGACUUUGCCUUCACAUCAACUUCCAGUAAAGGAAGAAGGGUCAAAUUCACACAGACCGGCAGAACUAUCAGUAAUCAUUCUUCUGAGAAGUUACAAAAGAAGUUUCAGCAGCCAUUGGUCAAUUACCACAAACUUGCUUUCUGUUGUUGUUUGGUCAUUUUAUCCAUUUGACGGUUUUACCUCGUACUGAGACAUCUUUACAUUAUCGUGUGGUCCCUGAUGAUGAGGUCACGUUUCACUAACCAGGUGUUGCGUCUGAGGCUGAGCAAAGGGUGUAAAAUGAGAGAGAAAUUAGACACAUUUGUCUGGUAGGAACUCACAGAUGAAGGGACAUUACAAUUUGUGUAAUAGCAAAAUAAAAAUAUAUACAGUACCAGUCAAAAGUUUGGAC